AUGCCCGUCGUCAAGGGAGGAGUCUGGACCAAUAUCGAAGAUGAGAUUCUUAAGGCCGCCGUCUCCAAAUAUGGACUCCAACAAUGGGCCCGAGUCUCUUCGCUGCUUGCGCGCAAAACUCCAAAGCAGUGCAAGGCAAGAUGGUCAGAAUGGUUGGACCCAGGCAUCAGAAAGAUUGAAUGGACCAAGGACGAGGACGAGAAGCUUCUACACCUGGCAAAGUUGAUGCCCACCCAAUGGCGCACAAUCGCUCCCAUUGUCGGAAGAACUGCUACACAAUGUCUGGAACGCUAUCAAAAACUGCUCGACGAUGCAGAGUCGCGCGAGAACGAUGAGUUUGGUCUUGGAGGUCCUGCUGGUGGCGAGGCCGCCGCUCCUUCAGCUGAUGAUGUUCGCAAGCUUCGCCCUGGAGAAAUGGACCCAGAUCCCGAGAGCAAGCCUGCUCGACCCGAUACCAUCGACAUGGACGAGGAUGAGAAGGAAAUGCUGAGCGAGGCUCGUGCUCGUCUUGCGAACACCCAGGGAAAGAAAGCAAAGAGAAAGGCAAGAGAGAGACAACUCGAGGAGUCAAGGCGUUUGGCUGUCCUACAGAAGAGACGAGAGUUGAAGAAUGCUGGCAUCAACAUCAAGGUCGUCACAAAGAAGAAGGGUCAGAUGGAUUACAAUGCCGACAUUCCUUUCGAAAAGGCUCCCGCUCCUGGAUUCUACGAUACUGCAGAGGAGAUUACCACAAACGAACGCGAGCGCGACGCUUUCGAUCCUCGCAAGCAGCAACUUCAACGUAAACGACAAGGCGACCAGGACGAUAAUCCCGAAGAUCGUAAGCGUCAGAAGAAUGACAAGGGCGGAAACCAAGCUGCUUUCGCUGCAGCCGCAAAAGCUGGACGUGAACAAAAGUUGCGUGAAGCCGAGCGUAGCAGCAGACGUCGUGGUCUUGUUCUGCCCGCUCCUCAGGUCAGCGAGGGUGAACUGGACGAGAUUGUCAAGAUGGGAAUGGUUGGUGAACGCGCAAAUUUACAAGCUGGCCAGAGCGACAACGAGGCUACCCGUGCCUUGAUUGGCAACUACUCGGACGUUGUAGGCUCAACCCCCCUCCGCACACCACGUGCUCCACAAGAGGAAGACCGUAUCGCCAACGAGAUUCGCAAUGCUAGAGCAAGAACCGAAACACAGUCUGCUUUGCUGGGAGGGGAUAAUAAUGAGCUCUACGAAGGUGAUGCUACGACUGGCUUUUCAGGUGUCGCUCCCAGCAAGCAGACUACUGCUACACCAAACCCUAUGGCUACUCCCUUCCGUCAAAAUGGUGUCGCUGCAACACCACGCGGCCCUGGCGCUACUCCCCUUCGCACACCUCGCGACACAUACGGCCUCAAUACUGGCGAUGGCAUGCAGAUGGUCGCACAAACACCACGAGACCUUCGUUUACAACAAAAUGCUCUUCGUAGUGACAUCAGAAGCAAGUUGUCCGCCCUCCCUAAACCGAAAGAGAUGGACUUUGAACUCGAACUACCUGAGGAACAACAGGAAAUUGGACCUGAAGUUGAGCUGAGCGAAGAAGAUGCUGCACUUCGUGAUGCUAGAAACAAGGCGGCACAAGAAGAGCUUGCGAGAGCAGAAUUCAAGCGUCAAUCACAAGUCAUCCAACGAGGACUACCACGACCGAGUGUGGUUGAUGUGGAUGCUAUGCUGAAGAAUGCUGCCGACGAUAAUGACCCUAUCAAGAGCAGUAUCAACCAAGAGAUGGCAUUACUUAUUGCGAAUGACGCCCUCAAGUUUGGCAAUGCCAAAGUCAGAGGACAACCCAAGCCCUCAGCACGUUUCUCAGACGAACAAGUCCAGCGAGCACGUCUUGAUAUUGCUCUGGAAAUGGGUAAAGACGAGAGAGGUCGCGCGUUAUUGGCAGAAGGCUUCGGUCAGGCCUGGGAGAAGGCUCACGAAAGAGGCAUGCUUCCUGGUCUCGCCGGUUAUGCGGAGGAUGAGGUUGACGAGCACCAAUUAAUGACUGAAGCUUUCGACAACAUUCAAUCUCGCAUCAUCUCCUCGGCCGAGAAGGGCAACACAUUAGAACAAAAACUCGUCAAGCAUCACACAGGUUACAUGAUGAGAUCAAAAACUCUGCGGCAGAAGAUCAAUGAAGCAGCAGACUUUUUGGCAAAGACAAGUAUCGAUGUCGACGUCAAGAGAAUUGCUGCCGCCGCUGAGGAAGCUGGUCUAAACGAGAGACUAGAAAAGAUUCGCGAUGAGGUCAAUGUUGUGGCCAGACGCGAGAGAGAAGCACAAGGCACUUUCAGGGAAAGGAGGGAGGAACUGGCCUCGCUAUUGACAGCAUAG